CCCACCCCCCUUCUCUCUCUCUCUCUCUCUCUCUCUCUCUCUCUCUCUCUCUCUUCAUGUGUCUGCUUCUUCUUCUUCUUCCUCCUCCACCUCCGGAGGAGGCAUAGAUUAAUUUGGAUCGAUCGUGUGUCCUAAAUUUUAAGCUCUUUAAUAGCUGGACAUUCCAAUUCCCCAUCAAACCCCCCACCCAAUCUCUCUCUCUCUCUCUCUCUCUCUCUCUCUCUCUCUCUCUAUGCCGUGCGCACUUCAAAACCCCAUGAAAUUAAUACUAUUAUGUGAACCAUCAAGGUAGGUAGGUAGGUAGGUAGCUAGCUCCCGCGCAGCUCAAACCCCAUCCCUCUCCAUCGUAUCCCCAACGUACACCCAACGCAUGAUCAUCAAAGCUAGCUGCUGCAGCUUAAUUUGAAAUGUUGUGUAGCUUCCGAUCGAACACUGAUAAUUAGUGUAUAAUAGUUAGCUGUAGGUAUUAAUUACCCACGAGCUACCACCCAUCGAUCCUUUUCUCUCAACCUUAAUUCGCUUAUAAUUAGUUUAGUUUAAGUUUUAAGUUUUAAGUUUUAGUUCGAGACAAAAAAUAAAUUAGUAGAGCGAGCAGUUCAUUAAUUUAAGCGAUCGAUCGACAUGGUUUAAUUAAGCGAUCGGUUAUGGAGGCCGCCGGAGGGCCCCGCCGCCCGAACUUCGUCCCGCUGCAGCUGCUCGAGAAGACGAAGGAAGACUCCUCCUCCGCCGCCGCCACCGACUCCCCGAAUUCGUGCUCGCCGUCGUCGGCCGCUGCCGUCGUGACGACUAAUGCGGCGUCCUCGUCGGACGCAGCGGCAGCGGCGGCGGCGGCGCAGCGGAAGGCGGCGCCCAAGCGGAGCUCGACGAAGGACCGGCACACGAAGGUGGACGGGCGCGGGCGGCGCAUCCGCAUGCCGGCCUUGUGCGCCGCCAGGGUCUUCCAGCUGACGCGCGAGCUCGGCCACAAGACCGACGGCGAGACCAUCGAGUGGCUGCUCCGGAUGCUCGCGAACCCUAAUAACACCAGCCAAGGAAUCGGCGGCGGCGGCAGCGGAGGCGGAGGCGGAGGCGGAGAUUCGAUGUGGACGUUCCCGCAGAUGGGAUUCCGCGGGAACGUGGCGGCGGGCGGGCUGCAUUUCAUGAACUUCCCCGCGGCGCAGAUGGCGCUGCUGCCGGGCCAGCAGCUGGGCAUCGGGUCGUCGGGCGGCGGCGGCGCAGAAGGGCACAUGGGAAUUCUGGCUGCACUGAAUGCGUAUCGGCCGCCGCCGGCCGCGUCGGAGGGAGUGGAGAGCGGUUCCCAGAAGCAUGCGGCAGGAGCCGGAGACCGCCGCGACCGCGAAUCGGAGCGCGCCCAGUGAUCGAUGGAUCGAUCGAUCAUCGCUCUUUUGGCUCGGUUUCCAUUUUUAGGUGUGAAAUGCUCAUGGAAUUUGGAUGCGUAGUUAUAGCACAUGAGAGAGAGAGAGAGAGAGAGAGAGAGAGAGAGAGAGAGAGAGAGAGAGAAUAGGGCUUCAUAAGUUCAAUCAUGGAGAGAGCAGUAGCUGGGAUAUGCAAGUAGAGGACAGAAGGAAAAGAGUUGUGAAGAAGACCAUCAAAUUCAACAGUGAGUCAACUUCGCCAAACUUUUAUAACUCACCCAAGUAGCUAGUCAUCUUAUCAACUGUUUUUCAUAUGUACAAAAAGGAUUGGGCAUGUGUAACCUUCUCAUCAAAUAUAAUAGUACAAAUAAUGGUAAUUACUC